GGCCCUGACCUGUUUGUAUAGAUAUCAUAACAAUUACUUCCACAGAAACCUCCGUCAACGGUUCCUUCCACUUUAUAUCCUGUAGCCCGCCCUAUUUGUAGUGUGUGUUCUGUCGUGUGUGUGACUAUAGUCGGUGAUGGGUUAACUGGAUAAUAGCUUUUGUCUCCUGUUUCACAGGCUGAGCAUGAUAAACAGUGUGAAAAAUGAUAUACGUGAAAACUACAGACAAUACCACAACUAAAAUGGCUACACAUGCAUGUAUAUUAUGUGCAUAGAUUCUAAGGACAAAAACUAUCAGAUGUGUUACACAAUUUAAAUGAAAAUAACAACAACAACAACAACAACAACAAAAGCAUUUAUGUGGAUAUCUUCCUGAUAGACUAACAGGUGUAUGUGUGUGGAUAUUAUAAUUUUUCAGAUGUGUAUACAUAACUCUGUAUGUGGAUAUAAAGGCCUUACUGUUAUAAGGGUAAAAUUAUCUUAUCAGGACAGUGCGUGACGAAUAUUGUCCCAAUGGUGAUCUCAUAUGAAGAAAAUGUGGUGCAUGCUGGCUGAAAGCAACGAUUACCUGCUGCAGAGGUUUCUCGCAUUUACCUUAUUGAUUUUUGUCAUCGCUGUGGUUCGGCCCAUACACUGUAUGUAAGAGAAACACAUGUUAAUUGGAGCGUCACAACGGACGACUGUUUCUAUAGGUUUUGCUCCCUGAAUGCCUGUUGACACCACAAGUUGUUGAUCGAAGUAACUCAUGCACACAGCCAGCCGACAACUGCAGUGUCCUCUUCAUACUGAUUGUAUGGAUAAAUGUUGUGUUCGCCUGCACCUGAAUUCAUUUGUUGCCAUGGAAACAAUUGUUCAUGGAUGAUCAUAACAGUGAUUGUGUUUCAUUCAUUCCUUGAGUUACUGGCACAAAACUUGAGCUUACGAUGACAUACAGCCAGAUGAAGAGUGGUAUUGCAGCAGUAGGUUCAGCUGUAGAUGGAUGAUGCACAGCCAGGGUGUCAUGCAGCACUGCCACUAUGAACGACCACCACCUUCUGGACUGUAUGAUUUUGAUGAGGUGAAACUUGCACAGAAACCAAGUUGGCAAGUGUCUCAACACUUGACUAAUUUGAACUCUUUUGUGAAUAAUAACACUGCAGAAUCACAGCACCAGCACAGCUACUGGAAGAAGAAUCUUUCAGACCCAUGUAUAGCCACCAUGCCACUGAAGAAAGGCAACAAUGAGGAGUCUGUGGCAGCAGGCCCCAUUAAAAGAAACUACACCUGGAAGCGACGUGGACCAAAAGGUCCAUGUCUGAAAGCAACCAUCUGUGACUGGAAGAUUCCUUUGAAACAAGAUAGGAAACAACAUGAAUUUCAGAAUGAUGUGAGUGUCAUUGAAGACAGAAUGGGCACUGCUGAAAGCAGAGGUUUUAGUGGUGGCAGAAGUAGUGAACCGAAAAGAGGGCUGAAGAGAAAGAAUAAAACAGCUGUAGAAAGUGAAUCAGUUGUUGCCACCACCACCAAUGGGACUUCUUCUAGCUCACCUCCAUUAGAUGCAACAGUGGUUGCAUUUUGUAAGAAGAAUCCUAAAAUGACAAAGAUUCUGAACAGAAAGCCUGUUGUUGUACUGGACAGAAUAUCUCAGGAAUUUAUAGAUAAGCAAACUAAUAGAUCUAGUUCUGCUGUAUGCAAUAUGUCAAAGCAGUCAAGUACACCCUCUGCUGUAAGCAAUUCAUACAUAAAUGGUGUUGUUUCAACUUCUUUGUGCCAAACAAACAAAGAUCAUCAUAGUACAUGUUUAGCAUCAGGUCACAAACCUCCAAAUGUAGCGGCACAAACCUCAACACAGACUGACCACAUUCUUGUUGACCCAAAGAUCAUGCUGUUAUCUACUCCACUUCAAACAGCAUGCAAAAAAGGCAAAAAUGCUUCAAGCAUGACUUUUAAGUUGCCAAAGAAUCGAGGCAUGGGAAUAUCUCCCACAGGUAGAAAACAAGGUAGGCCAAAAAAACAAACAUUUAAUUUAGAAAAACUAAGAAAUAAGAUGAAGGGAGCAAACUUGGUAGGAAAUCUGCGAAAAUCAAAUCUUUCCUCACUGGCAGGUUUGCCAUCUUCAAUCACAAACAAUGUUUUGGCUGACAAGAACAGCUCUGGAAAGACUCAUGAUCAGUUGGGUAACAAUGAAAAGUCCGAAUACAUUUCUAUAGAAUCUUUGAAAAGUAAUUUCAAAGCAAAAUUGGACUCUCUUUGCAUUCCAAAAGAUAUUUUUGAUGCUGACAAGAAGCUUUUGAACAAUAUCUCUUCUGGAGAACCUGCUGAUGCACAAAAAGCUGAACAUCUGUACAAUGGAACCAGUUAUCCAGACGCUAAUACUUCAGUAGAUGAACUUUAUGGUAGUCCUGUCCACCAGGAAGCUCAAUACCUGUCAGAAUCCUUGGUCAAAUCAGUCAAAACAAGUGCUUGUAAAGAUGAUCCAUAUGUUUUCCUCACUUCAGAUGAAGAAACAUCAAAUGAUUCUGUGCUUUUCACUAAGAAAGAUGAACUUAAAGUAAAAAUAUGUCGGAGGAUUGUCGAAAAUAGCUUUAGAUAUUCAUUAUCACGAAUGAACUCAGAUUUGUCUGUUGUACCAGAGACAAAUUUUAGCUUUAGUAGACAUGAUAACAAGGAGGUUGACAGUUCUGACUCUGCUUGUGCCAGUGGUAAAAGUGUCAAGAUGGACAGCAGAGGUCAAACUGAGGAAGAUAGUGCAGCUAAUGCAGCUGAUGCAGCUGGUGAUGGUGUUAAGAUAAGCAUGAGAUUACAAGAGUCAUCAGUGAAGUCUGAUACUGGAAGUAUGCACAAGGGUGAAUCAUCUAAUGGAGAAACUGUGACAAAACUCAGAAGUGACACAGAUCAACCCAAAGAAGAUGCUGUUAGUGUGGGAAGUGAUCGUCACAAAUCAUGUAAGCCAUCAAUAACUGGAAUUAAUAACGUGGGUGAGGAAAGAAGUGACACAAUGCAAACUGAAAUUAAUGCUAGAGGUGUGGAAACUAGUGCCAGAGAACAAACUGAAAUGAAUGCUAGUGCAGAAUCUAGUGACAGAGAGCAAACUGAAAUGAAUGCUAGUAUGGAAACUAGUGACAGAGAGCAAACUGAAAUUAAUGCUAGAGGUGUGGAAACUAGUGUCACAGAACAAACUGAAAUGAAUGCUAGUGUGGAAGCUAGUGACAGAGAGCAAACUGAAAUUAAUGCUAGAGGUGUGGAAACUAAUGUCACAGAACAAACUGAAAUGAAUGCUAGUGUGGAAACAAGUGACAGAAUGCAAACUGAAAUUAAUGCUAGAGGUGAGGAAACUAGCGACAGAAUGCAAACUGAAAUUAAUGCUAGAGGUGUGGAAACAAGUGACAGAAUGCAAACUGAAAUUAAUGCUAUCGUGGAAACUAGUGACACAAAGCAAACUGAAAUUAAUGCUAGAGGUGUGGAAACUGGUGACAAAGAGCAAACUAAAAUGAAUGCUAUAGAUGUUGAAACUAAUUACACAAUGCAAACUGAAAUGAAUGCUGGUGUUGAAACUAGUGACGUAGAGCAAACUGAAAUAAAUGCUAGAGGUGUGGAAUCUAGUGACACAAAACAAACUGAAAUGAAUGCUAUUGUGCAAACUAGAGGCAAAAAACAUAUUGAAAUGAAUGCUAGCAUGGAAACCAGUGACACAAAGCAAACUGAAAUAAAUGCUACAGAUGUGGAAACUAGUGACAGAGAGCAUUCUGAAAGUAAUAGUGCUGUGGAAAGAAGUGAUGUGGGGCAUGUAGAUUUUAAUAUCAAAGGUUACCCAGAACAAAGUGAUACACAUAGUACCAUGGUAGAGAGAACUGACAGACAUGGAACUGAAUUAAGUCUUAUAGGUGUAAAGGAAGAUAACACAGAAAAAGCUGAAAUAACUGAAGCUGAUGAUAAUGAUUUAUACAUUUGUUACUUGAAACAAAGUGACACACAUCAUACUGAAAACUUUGAUAAGGAUAGAAAUAGCAAGGAGCAAAAUGAGAUAAGUGCUAGGAUUUCAGAAGAAAGUGAGACUCAGAAAAGUGACAUGGAGCAAACUGAAUUAAAUAUCAAUAAUGAAAUGAGUGACUUGAAGCAAACUGAAAAUAAUGUUGAUGCUGUUGAAACAGGUAACUUGAAGCAAACUGAAAAUAAUGUUGAUGCUGUUGAAACAGAUAACUUGAAGAAAACUGAAAAUAAUGUUGAUGCUGUUGAAACAGAUAACUUAAAGCAAACUGAAAAUAAUGUUGAUGCUGUUGAAACAGGUAACUUGAAGCAAACUGAAAAUAAUGUUAGUGUUACUGAACAAAUUGACUUGAAGCAAAGUAAAUUAAAUAUAAAUGAAAAGAGUGAUUUGAUGCAAACUGAACAUAAUGCUGGUGUUAUUGAAACAACUGAUAUGAUGCGAACUGAAGUAAAUAUAAAUGAAAAGACUGACUUGAAGCAAACUGAAAAUGAUGUUGAUGUUGUUGAAACAGCUGACUUGAAGCAAACUGAAAAUGAUAUUGGUAUUGUUGAAACAACUGACUUGAAGCAAACUGAGACUGAUUAUAGUGGUGUGAAAGGAUGUCAUUCAGAGCAAAAUAACAAAUUUGGGUGUAUUGAAAGAAAUGUCCAUGAUACAAUUUUAGAACACAACACAGAGCAAAAUGAAAUAAGUGCAAGGAAUGUAAAAACAAAUUAUAUGGAACAAACUGAAAGGAAUUCUGUUGGUAUGGAAACAAGUGACAUGGAAAAAACUGAAAUAGGUGCUAAGGGUGUGGAUAGAAAUGAUUCAGAGCAAACUGAAAUAAGUGUCAUGAGUGUAGAAACAGGUGACAGAGAACAAACUGAAAUUAUGGAUUUGGAAAGAAGUAUAAUGAAGCAGAAUGUAAUCAAUGUUCAGGAUGUGGGUAAAAGUGAGCCAGGCCAAACUAAAGUAGAUGUCAGUGAUGUUGAAAUAUGUGGCAUGGAGCAAACAACAAUAACUGAUAUGGAUGUGGAAAGAACUGACAUGGAACAAACUGAAGUAACUGUUGGCAAUUUGACAACUGAUGGUAUGGAGGCAAAUGAAAUUGGUGUUACAGGUGUAAAAAAAGAUGACACUGAGGGGACAAAUGACACAGACCAACCUGAAAUGAAUGAUAAACCCAUGGAGAGUAUUCCUAUAAGUGACGAAAUAAAGGAGACACAUAAUUCACCAAACUGUGCCAUAGAGAAAGAAGAAUCAGCAUUAAAUGAUGAAGAUUCAGUUGCUGACCCAGAGUUAGUAGACUCAGUUGUGUCACCUCUGACAGAAUUACAGGAGAAACCUCAAAGCCAGUCUGAAGACUCAUUUAUGUCACCUCCGUCAGAAUUACAGGAGAAGCCUCAAAGUCAGACUGAAGACUCAUUUAUGUCACCUCCGUCAGAAUUACAGGAGAAGCCUCAAAGCCAGACUGAAGACUCAUUUAUGUCACUACCGUCAGAAUUACAGGAGAAUCCUCAAAUCCAGUCUGAAGACUCAUUUAUGUCACCUCCGUCAGAAUUACAGGAGAAGCCUCAAAGCCAGACUGAAGACUCAUUUAUGUCACCUCCGUCAGAAUUACAGGAGAAGCCUCAAACCCAGACUGAAGACUCAUUUAUGUCACCUCCGUCAAAAUUACAGGAGAAGCCUCAAAGCCAGUCUGAAGACUCAUUUAUGUCACCUCCGUCAGAAUUACAGGAGAAUCCUCAAAGCCAGACUGAAGACUCAUUUAUGUCACCUCCGUCAGAAUUACAGGAGAAGCCUCAAACCCAGUCUGAAGACUCAUUUAUGUCACCUCCGUCAGAAUUACAGAAGAAUCCUCAAAGCCAGUCUGAAGACUCAUUUAUGUCACCUCCGUCAGAAUUACAGGAGAAUCCUCAAAUCCAGUCUGAAGACUCAUUUAUGUCACCUCCGUCAGAAUUACAGGAGAAUCCUCAAAGCCAGACUGAAGACUCAUUUAUGUCACCUCCGUCAGAAUUACAGGAGAAUCCUCAAACCCAGUCUGAAGACUCAUUUAUGUCACCUCCGUCAGAAUUACAGGAGAAUCCUCAAAGCCAGUCUGAAGACUCAUUUAUGUCACCUCCGUCAGAAUUACAGGAGAAACCUCAAACCCAGUCUGAAGACUCAUUUAUGUCACCUCCGUCAGAAUUACAGGAGAAGCCUCAAACCCAGUCUGAAGACUCAUUUAUGUCACCUCCGUCAGAAUUACAGAAGAAUCCUCAAAGCCAGUCUGAAGACUCAUUUAUGUCACCUCCGUCAGAAUUACAGGAGAAGCCUCAAACCCAGAUUGAAGCCAAUGAAAAUGAAGCACAGAUACUAUCGGAUGGAGCUGAGUCUACAUCAGAUAGCAAAGUGCAUGAUCCUGCUUCAGAUAGAAGUGGAUCUGGACAGCAUUUGGUUGACUGUGACACAGAGUCACUUAAAUGUCAGACACAAAUAGCUGCAAACCAAGCAGAGUGUAAAUCAAGCAAUAAAGUCAAUGAUCUAUAUCUUGAUGGAACUGUACCAGGGGAGCAUGUGGUUGACUGUGACACGGAGUCACUUGAAUGUCAGACUCAGACAGCUGUAAAUCAAGCUGAGUGUAAAUCAAGCAAUAAAGUCAAUGAUCUAUAUCUUGAUGGAACUGUACCAGGGGAGCAUGUGGUUGACUGUGACACGGAGUCACUUGAAUGUCAGACUCAGACAGCUGUAAAUCAAGCUGAGUGUAAAUCAAGCAAUAAAGUCAAUGAUAUUUCUCUUGAUGGAACUGUACCUGGGGAGCAUGUGGUUGACUGUGACACGGAGUCACUUGAAUGUCAGACUCAGACAGCUGUAAAUCAAGCUGAGUGUAAAUCAAGCAGUGAAGUCAAUGAUAUUUCUCUUGAUGGAAGUGUAUUUGAACAGCAACUGGUGGACUGUGAUACUGAAUUGCUUCAACCUAAAGAUACAUCUAAAUUUGUUGUUGAAACUGAAAUUGAACUUCCGAUUAAUAAAUUGAUUGGUCCUGUGAACAGUGACUCUAAUUCUUCAACUGAACUUGCAUCAAAAGAGAACAAAGAAAAAACACAGGAAGUUGACGAUAAAACAAAGUCAACAAUGCUACCAACUGUAGAAUUACCUAACACUGAUGUCGACACUUCAACAGAUGUCUGUACAGAAGAAGUAGAACCAAACACUGUUGAAAGUAAUUCAAGUAGUGUUCAAAAUACAACUGAGCCAGUUGUAGACAUACCAGACCCAGCUACUUGUCAAACAGAGCCGGAUGUUAAACCUCUGUGUGUCAUCAGCUCAGUACAAGGUGCUGCCUUGGUUAUUUCAGAUGACGAGAAUCCACAUCAAGGUGAGGAUGAGUGCCCUGAGUUAGAAGAGUGUCAAACUGUGAAGAAAUACCCUGUCAGUUCCUUCAACUAUGUUUAUUCCCCAACUCCGCCACCGCUGAUCAAUAUUAACACUGGUUUAAUAUCUGCUAGCAAUCCUGAAGCAAGCCCACUCCCUUUACUUUCUCCUCUAGCAUCCGUUCAUGCAACAAAUGCCUGUGUGUCACUUGAAAAGAAUAACAAAGCAUCUCUGUAUAACAGAUUCAUUCUUUCAAAACCUGGCGAAUCUAGUAAUAUGAAAAAACAAACAGUAGUUGCUAUUACCCAAGCAGUUAUAGCACCGUGUGUAGUGACGGAAAUUCCUCAUUUGUCUAUGAGUCUCCCCAUUGUUGUUGGGAUGUUUCCUGAGACAGUUCUCAAUGACAAACCAAUACAAGCAUCACAAUUUGCAAAUAAUAAUGGUUUACCAUGUGCCAUGAAUGUUUCGAAAGACACGUCAACAGAAUUAUUGACACAUACAAAGUCAGCUGCACCUGCUGUAACUAACGAGUUUCCAAUCACAGUGACAUCAAAUAGCACUGCUGUGGCUGAGGAGAGAUCUCCCAUGUUGUGGAACUGUCAGUCUCUGAACACACAGAAUGCUAUUUCAUCACUUGUUCCUGUACAUAAUGGACAGUCUCAGAGUUUCAUACAACAAAAUCCCAUAAUUAUGCCAGAUAAUUGUUCUGCAGAUGUGGUAAACAGUCAAGGGCUGGCAUCAGGUAUUGCAAAUUCUGUGGCUGUUGCUGCUGAUGGAGGAAAUUCCUUACACAAAGAUGUUUCUUUGGAUGAUCUAGCUGGAGGGAGGAACUCACCCCAGACGGAUGACAGUGAUGCCACAAUGAUCUACUGCGAAGAAGAAGACAUUGUAGAAAGAGACAUGGAAGAGAGUGGUAAGUCUUCUCAUUUGACAAGAAGUGCUCAGCUGGUUUAUGGUGAGAACACAUUUAUGAAUAAUCACAAACAGUUGAAAGAGAAACAGGACACUCUUAAAGUCACUAUCACCGGCCUAAGAAAGAAACUGGAAGUUGACAAACGUAAAAAGAAACAGCAUAAGAAACACGAGACCACAACCCCCAGAGGUGAUAAGAAUGAAGUGCAGCAUGAUGUCUCUUCUGAAAAGAAACAUCAGAUCAAAAAUCAACAAGAUGUGAAAGAAAACAGUUUUCACAAAAAAACUAAAUUAGCAUCUGAAAAAAAAUCAAAGAUGCAGAAAAAAUCAAGAGCUGUAAAAAGUACUGCUGCAACAUUUCAAGAUGUGUUUCAGAACUCGGUGAAUAAUGAAUUGCCAGAAAAGAAUGUCGAAGAAGAGCCUUGCAAAAUCCCACAAAAUCCAAGUGAAAUGCCGCUUGAGAAAGGUAAAUCUGUUAAAAGAAGAAACCGAAAAGGACACAUCUUCAGCAGACAGAAGAAGAGAAGACAUAAAGGACAGGAAAUGGUGAUGGAGCAUGCAGAGGAUCUAGCAGACUGUGAAGAGCUGCCCACCAUUCUUCCACCAAAAAGACUGCGGCGCCGUUUGAACAGUGAACAUGGAGUGAUGCAGGACUCUCUCACCCGUUCAGUUUCUGCUAGAAGUUCAGAGCGAAUUCAGCGUGAAUUACCACGUCACAACUGGUUGGAGAAGAAGAUAAACAAACUACAAGAAUCAACAUCGCCACAAAGAAGUACCGACUCAUCUCCGGAUAUAGUUCCUGAUGAGCAGAACAGUUCAUCAAGCAAGGAGAAAGUAGAGAUCAGUCAUUCCCUCAAUUCUUCUCCUGACCAUCACAGCCCAGUAUCUAAAUCACGGCACAAACGGCGGUCAAGAAGUAAAGCCAAGUCUAGUAAAAGUAAAGUUGCUAAAUUAAAUGCUGAACAAAACAACAAUCAAAGCGAGGAACACCCAAGUGAAAAGAAUGGACUAGGAGAGGUAGCUGUUCAUUCCAGUGAUGCAGAAAACAAACUGGACAAUUUAUUUGCAAGCACAACACUUGACAUAGAAAACCCCCUACAAAUAGACAUUCCAGCAGACUCUGCUACCUCACAGUUGCCUCCCUUGAAUGAAGACCCUGACAGUGCUAGCAAAGAUAGAGACGAUGUUCUUGUGAUGCAAGAAAGUACAGUUGAAAAUGCCAAGGACAGAGAGCUCUCUCCUGACAGACUACCUGCUUCUAUUGCUGGGAAUGAUGAAGAUGAUGAUGAGGACUCUUUAUCUAACUGUAGGCCAGUAGAUCGUGGUUCUCAAGAACCUUCAGAUUCUGGUAGUCCAAGGGAAGUGGACAAUAACAAGACAGAUGAUAAUCACAGGACAAUUGAUGGCCAUUCCAAUAAGCCUAUGGACCUCAGCACGAAGAGACAAGAAGUAUUUAUAUCUACAAGCAAACAGAAAGUGUAUCCCCCUGUUCAGAAGGUUUUGCCUCAAAUCCAUCAGCCUAGUGAAAGGACUGGUGAAGAGUCUUCUCUAUCAAGGGAAGUCACACGGUUGACGGGUUGCAAACUUAAUGUUUCUUUUGCACCAGCUGCCUCUGGUUCUGCAACAAUUGCUUCAGGUUCUACAUCAGUUGAAUCUAGUUUUGCACCAAUUGUCUCAGGUGAAAUCAGUGAAGAAAUCCUAUCUGGUGACACUUUCAACAAUAUAUCUCGUAUUUCUGUCGUUUCGCCAAUUAAAGUUACAGAAAUGAGACCAACGUACUCUCAGGAUCAUCCUAAUUGUCAUCAGUCCAGCAGUAUCACUGACAGAGUUCAACUGGAGGCAACACCAACAGAGAAACUGCCUACAACAGCCAGUAACACUGAUAAUGAAAAUGUGCAGGAACACCGUGAUAUACAGUCUGAAAGAGACAACACACUUUCUCUGCAGGCUGUUGUCACAUCUAUUUCAGGCAUAACAAGUCCCUCAACUUCAGCAAAGUCAUUAGUACCAGGGUCUGUGUCUAUGAUCUCUUCUAAAUCUGACACUGUGACUUCUACUCAGACCAAGCUGCCUGCUAAUACACCUCUCAGAACCACACAAGGACAAGAUGUGGCCAAAAAACAGGCACAUGACGGAGCUCUUCCUGUUGAUCUGUCAGUUAUAUGUAUUCCUGAACACGAAAAAGACAAGCCAUCAUCAUCGGUAUCUGCUGAUCCAGGACAACCUGGUUUUAAUAAGAAGACAUCAGAAGCAUUUCCAUUUUAUUCAUCUACAGCAGCUCCUAUAAGUUCUUCAGUACAAGACAUGUAUAUGUAUAACAAAGAAUUUCAGAAACAUCUGCUUGAGUUUCGACAGCUUGAAGCUCUGGCAGCUAAGAAAGAACAAGAGAGAAGACAUAUUUUAAGGCUGUACAAGCAGAAGGCCCAUAUUCUCAAAGUUAUUUCAUCUAAGUGCAAGAAGCCGCCAACUGCUGCUGGUACACCUGCUACUCAAACUGAUGUCAAUCCAGCACUGGUAUCUGAAAUUGGUAUCUCGGCAAAAGAUUUGAAAACAACAACUUUACAGAGACCUGAAGAGCCAGCAGGACAGCAAGAGCCACAUGGACAACAACAGUUAGAUUUGUCCAUUAGUUCCACUUCAACAUCACGUUCGGUUAUUACCAAUGAUCAUGUGCAAGAAAUAUCCAGUUUACCGAAAUCUAAGACUAAAUCUUCAGAAAAUCUUCCUGCCGAGAAGAGACGGCCUAUUGUGCAGCUAAUAAAUCUUGCAAUGUUAGAAGCACGCCAGUCCUAUAGGAAGAAUCUAAACAAUGCUGACCUGAAAUCUGAUGAAAAUAAGAUCCCUGCACAUCAAAACAAAGUGAAGACUACAUACAAUAUAGAGCAGGCUUGUUCCAUACCAUAUCCAGGAGUGUUGUCCUGCCCAUACAUUAAGAGAUUGUCUCCCAUACACGAGCCAUCAAAUUGGAGGUCUGCCACACAAAGCCUCAAUUCACCUCACUCUGCCCAUUCACAGCCACCAUUCCACAUCGCAGGCACUUUAAUUAUUCCUGCUGAAGAACAGUCCCAAGCAGAUGUAGCGAGUGGUAGGAGGAAACUUUCACAAAAUACUGAAGGUCUCUCUUUGGCAGCCUCUACAAACCGGCCAUCGCGUACAUCACCUAAGUCAAAUAUGAUAAAAGGUCCAAAGGAACAGUAUCCAAGGAAACCUGAAGCUGCUAAAGAUCAUAGUAGCCCAGACUCUGGGAAAUCCAAUCUGCAGGCUCUGUCUCAUCAGGCAGCAAGCAGUGGUGUUAGCAACAGAAAGACAGUUCACUCAAAUUCACAACAGUCACUUCCACACAAUUCCAAUUUACUUCUUCAUUUGACUAACAAAACGCCUGUUGACUAUUUGGUCAUGAAAGGGGAUGAAAGCAAGACAUACCCUGUUGUUGAUCUUACAAAGGAAAAUGAUGUGUGUAGCAAAAUGACAUUACAGAGUUCCAGUACUUCAGAACCCACUACUUCACGGCCAGAUGUAGAAUCCCGUGAGCAGGGUGUCCAGCGUGAAUUACAUGAGGCACUAGCAAUACAGAGUUUGCAGAGAGUUGGCCUGGUUGACUCACGAAAGUCUGUAAAAGGUCCAUUCACUUCAGUGCCAGAUUCAUACACAUUUCCAGCAGUGAAUCAUACAACUGGCGAAGGACCUAGCACUACUGUACCAUCUUUGAUGCCUCUGGCUUCAAAUGGAAAACAGCAUGUUUCAAAUUCAUCAAAAUCACAAGGAGCAUAUAUUCAAAAGCGGAUCAGUCAUGUUGGCAAUGUUGGUAACAUGGUUCCUUUCUCAGAAUCUAAUUCAUUUAAUGGUCCAAAGCCUGCUGCUGAUCAUUAUUACCUCAACAAUACACCACUGUCACAAACCUAUUCUUUGCCUGGAGAAAAUGUCAACUACCCACAAAAAGAGCAGCAGUUCUGUCAGGGUAGACAGCAGAAGGAAGUGGUUCAUUGGUGUGUUGGCAGAAACCCACACACCUACAUGCAGGCACCAGACCCAUGUGUGUCUGACUCCCAGCUGCCGAUGACUAGCAUGCAGAAACAAUUCCAGCAUCAUCAGGUACAGCAACAGACACAUUUUAUGCAGCAACAGCAGCAGCAUCGGCAGCAGUCACCACAUCAGCUUGCUGAAGCACAGUGUCGACAGGCCAUGGUGGGAUUCUACAACCAGCCACCUGGUGUGGGUAGAAUGCCUGAAGUCCAACAGUUCCAGGCACCAAUGGUCAGAAUGCAUGGCAGUCAGCAGCCACCCACUGGUAUUCCUCCACACCUGAUAUCUCCACAGGGAAGCGCCAUUGUACAGGAUUGCAGAGGGCAAGGUCCAGUCUCGGGAAGCAAACAACGAAAUCCCUCGGUUUACAUGCCGAGCCCACACCAGGCUGCUCCAAGUAGCAGUGGUUCGACUAUGCCAGUUCAGAACUCAAAGCAAAUGAUGGGUGUGGCACAGUAUCAACAGCAGCCGAACAGACCUUGGCCGAGGUGUCCCCCAGUGAACAGCAUCAACACGGACCACGUGCAGCACAUGUCACAACCACACCGUCUGACCCCGGGCCCACACAUGCCGCAUGUGCGGCAACAGUCACAGCAGCAGCCUAUCAUCCAGCCACAGCAGCAGCAGCCUCCUAUGCAGCAGCAGCAGCAGCAGCAACAACAACAACAGCUGAACACCAGUCAGUGUGUGGUGUGUGGAGCUCAUGCCAUCUUUCUCUGCUCGUGUUGUAAACGAGUGUGGUACUGCAGCAAGCCCUGUCAGAAUAGUCACUGGACACAACAUGCCCCAGACUGCACUUACUCCACAAGAGCCGAAGUGCCGUGACAGACCCUUAGUUCACACAACUUGUAAUGUCGUCCCGGACUUGUUGAUCAUUUUAGGCUGGUGUUUAGGUUC